CUGUUUACUUCCGCCUCUGCACGCUGGGCCUGGAAGAAGACGACAGCAAGCAUGGCAUCCAGCGCGAAGAGGAGAGCUGUACUGGAAGAUGAGGAGAUGGAGGACGAGAUGGGAGGAGGAGAAGAAGGAGAGGAGGACUCCGACCUCAGCGAGGAUGAGGAGUCUGAAGAGGAGGACGAAGAUGAUAUGGAUGAGGAAGUAAAGGUUGACUUUGAAGCUCAUACAAUGUCUGAUGGAGAUCAUGAUGGGAUCAAAAAGCUGCUGAAGCAGCUGUUCCUCAAAGCCAACGUGAACAUUGCAGAACUGGCCAAUCUUCUCGUUCAGCAGAAUCACAUAGGAAGCGUCAUUAAGCAAGCUGAAAGUACGGAUGAUGCUGAUGACGACGAAGAUGACGAUGAUGAUGAACGCCAUGUUUUUGGUUUCAUAAGUCUUUUGAACUUAACAGAGAGGAAGGACACCCCAUGUGCCGAGCAGGUAAAGGAGCUGGUUCUGAGCCAGUGUGAGAACACCUGCGAUCAGAGCGUAGUGGAACAGUUGGAUAAAGUUUUCAAUGACAACAGCAAACCUGUAGGCCUUCUUCUCAGCGAGAGAUUCAUUAAUGUUCCGGCACAGAUUGCUCUGCCCAUGCACCAGCAGCUCCAGAAGGAGCUUGCAGAAGCCCAGCGAACCAACAAGCCAUGCGGAAAAUGCUAUUACUAUCUCAUUAUCAGCAAAACGUACAUGGAACCAGAUAAAUCCAUUGGAAGUGGACCUCAGGCCAAGGAGGAGAUGAUGUUUGCAAACGCUGAAGAUGAGUUUUUUUAUGAGAAAGCAACCCUGAAAUUCAACUAUUCAGUACAGAAAGAGACGGACUCGCAGCUCGGAGGAAAGUGGUCCUUUGAUGACGUUCCUAUGAAGCCUCUCAGGACAGUCAUGUUGGUCCCAGCUGACAGAAUGAACUCCAUCAUUGAGAAGUUCAAAGAAUAUCUCUCCGUGUAAAGGGCUGAAUUCCAGGAUGAACCAGUGACUCUUUUUUUUUUUUACGCACUGCCAUGUUCCAACCAUUUAUGGGCUUUCCUUCCCGCCGCUUCACAAGGGAACACGCUGCAGCAACAGUGCUAUAAACAGGAUUUUUAUUUUUUAUAUCAAGACAAAAUUCUGCAAGAAAAAUAUACAAAAGUCUAUGAAAUCCUGAAUGUGUAACAUCUGUCUGUUGUCAAGUUCACAGUUCAUUAAAACUAGUUUGUGUUUGGAACACA